CUUCCAGGCCAUCUAGAUCUGUAGACAAACUUACAGUGACUUUUCUUGUCGACAAUUGCAUCGAAUGGUUGACAAAACUGCCUCCUGGGUUUACACAUGAGCUCCCUCAGCAUCUUUCACAGAACAAUCCGCCUCUGCACGAGCAUCCCGUGACUGGAGUUCCUGUGUUGGACUUCGACACCUUUUGCUGUGGUGCUCAUGGAUUCUCUGCACUUAUUGAAACUCAGAUAGCCGGGGAACCAGCGCAUGCUACUCUCUUUGACUGUGGCCCGGAUUCCCAGAGUCUCGUCCGCAAUAUCAAAGCGAUGCAGGUGCCAAUCGAGAACAUUUCACGCGUCAUCACUUCGCACUGGCACUCUGACCAUACUGGCGGACUGCUGUCUUUCCUAAAGAUGAAACGAUCAUUGACUGUAGUCGAUUGCCAUCCUGACCGACCCAUAUCUCGAGGGAUGGCUCGUGGGCCCGACUACGAGAGAGUCUUUGCUGCCUUGCCAGAUGACCCGUCUUUCACUGACAUCGCUACUUGCG